CUUCCGCCACGAAGCCAUCGGUGUAAAAUUUCCUAAGCUAUUUUCGGUGUAUGUGCAGCGUGCGCUCGGUUUGCACUUGUGCUCCUUUUACCGACCUUGAACUAUAUACUGCACUCUCGUAUAACUGGCCUCGUUUUCUGCUGCUGCUGCAUCUCUUCCUGUUGCAUCCCGGGGAAAGGCACGCGUGUUCUCCUGUGCGCAUAUUUCGGGAUCGACCUGCAUCCAGCUUUCUGUAUGUUUGUGUAUGUGUCCGUGUACCAGCAACCCCCGAUGACCAAUGACAAUCUGGGUGUUUUUGGAGUGCAUUCCCGUUGGUUCCCGACGAGGGCCAGCGCUGCUGCCACUAUUGUUGCCUGAGAAUCUCGUGGUCGCCGUCAUUCAGUCAAGUGCUACCUGAUGGAAACGGGCUAACUACGAAGUGUCUCGCGUGCGUACUCGAAUCGUUAGUACAAAGUUCCAAAGUGUUCAACCCCGCGUCCGUAGCGAAGUUUUAUGGAAAAAAUCUUCCCCCACAAAACGUCUUAACGUAUCAAAGUGUUCAAAUCGAAGCAGAGAAAAGUUAGUAGAAAUAUUUACCAGUGUUUAAGCCAGAAGCUAAGCGUAAGAAGAAAACUUAGAAGAAGAAGAAAAGGUGAUUGUUUGUGACCCAAGUGCGGAAGAAAAGCCUUGUCAACCAUGCACGAAGAAGCCUCAUCGACGGCCAGUUCUUCCACCAAACCUACCAAUAUCGUGUACACCAACAUCAAUGGCGGGGGUGGCGGCGGAAGUGUCCUAUCCGGCGGGGGUGGUGCAACUCAUCUCAACGGAAAUCUCCUGAUAACAACCACUCCAACCAUGCAGGACGCCUCGUCCUCGCUCUACGAGCUGGUUCACCAUCAGCACCAUCACCAACAGCAGCAGCAGCCCUCGUACCAGCAGCACCAUCAACAGGUCAUGACAACGAGCCAACCACUCCAUUCAACCAAAAUCAUCAUCACCAAUCAGCCGCUAAUCAGCACCACUACCACCACUAGUCCAGCCGGGGUCCGCACCCUUCAGCAUCACAUGCAACAGCCCCAGCAGCCCCAACAUCACCACGUUCAAUCGACAUCAUCCUGCAGCUCCAGCAGCGGUCCGACCUCGUCCACCACGACCACCACCACCAUCCUGAUCAAUACGGACGUCGACGGUUGCUCCCCGUUCGACAGCGUGGCGGCCGCUGCUGCUGCCAUCUUUGAAUCGGACCCCGGUGGACCUUCGGCCGAAGCACUCACAGCGGACACGGCUGUGGCGGCGGCUGCUGCAGCCCUCAUAGACCUGCACCCAUCGUCGUCGUGCAGUUCCGCUGCGUCCGUACCAAACGCCGCCGACGGAACUCUGCACAUCCAGGAGUUGGGAAUUGCAUCGACAACUGUGGCGGCUCCAGCCACAGCAACAGCAGCAUCCUCAUCAUCAACGUCAGCGUCAUCAUCCACGGCUGCCGAUCCCGGAUCCGGAGGAGUGGCGUUGCACGAGCCCAUCGAGAUAAAGAUUCCAUCGGAGGGGUCCUUUGCCGAGGGAUCCGAUGGUGGCUACCACGACAACAUCUCCCAAACGCAGUCGAACUAUCUCGCGAUCCCCCCGUCAGGUACUACCGCCAUUGAGCCGACCAGUCUCAAUAACCUUAAUGUUGUAUCCGCCAUCCAAUGCGAUCAAACUGAUUUUAAAUAUUUCAUUGAAGAACUGUGCCCGGUGUGCGGUGACAAAGUUUCAGGCUACCACUACGGACUGCUGACGUGCGAAUCGUGCAAGGGCUUCUUCAAGCGCACCGUCCAGAACAAGAAGGUCUACACCUGCGUCGCCGAGCGGCAGUGCCACAUCGACAAGACCCAGCGCAAGCGCUGCCCGUACUGUCGCUUCCAGAAGUGUCUCGAGGUCGGCAUGAAGCUAGAAGCUGUUCGAGCCGAUCGGAUGCGUGGCGGGAGGAACAAAUUCGGGCCCAUGUACAAACGCGAUCGGGCGCGAAAGCUUCAAAUCAUGCGACAACGACAGUUGGCCAUCCAGGCCUUGCGGGGGUCGAUCGGUGGAGGCGUCGGUAUCGGGCAGCUCGGGUCGGACGGUACAUCGGCGCAACUGCAGGGCAUCGACUACCACCAGCCGUACUCCAACAUGCACAUCAAGCAGGAAAUCCAAAUUCCCCAGGUGUCUUCGUUGACGUCCUCGCCCGAUAGCUCACCUAGUCCGAUCGCCAUCGCGUUAGGUCAAGUGAACCCGCAGACGACGAUAUCGCUGAGCAGUGGCGUGGGAGGCAACGGAAGCAGUGGAGGCGGAAGCGGCGGAGGCGGCGGUAGCAACAACAGUUCCGGUGCGGGCACCGGAGGUUCCAACUCGACGUCCACGGCUAUCCAGAACCAGCUCUCGGAGUCCAAACUAUGGAUGAGCGCCAACUCGACGACCGCCUCGCCACAUUCGCUAAGUCCCAAAGCGUUCAGCUUCGACAGCGGAACGAAUCCCACCAGUACGGCAGAUUCGGGCAACCCAGCGGACACGUUAAGGGUAUCGCCGAUGAUUCGCGACUUCGUCCAAUCGAUCGAUGACCGGGAGUGGCAGACGUCGCUGUUCUCGCUGCUGCAGUCUCAGUCCUACAAUCAGUGCGAGGUGGAUCUGUUCGAGCUGAUGUGCAAAGUAUUAGACCAAAAUCUGUUCUCCCAGGUGGACUGGGCGCGGAAUACGAUAUUCUUUAAGGAUUUGAAGGUGGACGACCAGAUGAAGCUGCUGCAGAACAGCUGGUCCGACAUGCUCGUGCUGGACCACAUACACCAGCGGUUACACAACGGGCUGCCGGACGAAACCACCCUGCACAACGGGCAGAAGUUUGAUCUCUUAGGUUUAGGACUGCUGGGCGUGCCGAGCCUGGCCGAGCACUUCAACGAGCUGCAGAACAAGCUGCAGGAGCUCAAGUUCGACGUCGGCGACUACAUCUGCAUGAAAUUCCUGUUACUGCUGAACCCUGUAGAGGUACGGGGGAUCACGAACCGGAAAACGGUGGUCGAAGGCUAUGAGAACGUGCAAGCAGCGCUGCUGGAUUACACCCUCACCUGUUAUCCGUCGGUGCCUGAUAAGUUUAGUAAGUUGCUCAGUAUUAUUCCGGAAAUCCACGCGAUGGCCACCCGUGGCGAGGAGCACCUGUACAUUAAGCACUGUGCCGGCAGUGCGCCUUCCCAGACGCUACUGAUGGAGAUGCUGCACGCCAAGCGGAAAUGAAGUCAUCGCCAUCGUCAUCGCGUCGUCGUUAGAGCGUUGUAGUAGUCGUAUAGUGAGAGAGCCACAAAAAAAAGCAAGAAGAGGGGAAACAAAUUGUGAUCGCGCCAUGGGCGUGGGACGGGACUUGGGUGGGGGCAACAGCAACAGCAACAAGUUUAAAAGCGAAGACACCAACCCCGGUACUCCCUGGACCCGGAAGCAGCAGUAGGCGGUAGGCAGUAGUAGGAAGAUCAACGUGUGUGCACGCGGUGGGAAGCGAAGUGAAGCAAAGCGGAAGCCGAUCCAGCGGAAAUGUGUUCUUUUCUUCGUUUCUUCAGAUAAAUUGUGUACUUUUCCUUUAAGUUGCAUCGAGCCAAGCGAAGCGCGAUCCGUUAUUUGCUUUUGUUGUUAAACUACUUUGUAAUAAUUUAACACGUUAAACUAGGCGUCCAUUUUGAGCGAAAGGUGUGAAUAGUCCCCAACCUGAAGCGCAAAGUUCAAGAGACAGAAAACAAAAAUCCGUACCAUAACUCGUAACACGUAACGGAGCAGCCUCCGUCAGCAGGCGUACAGCCAACGGGUCUGUAUGCGAUUGAACCACUUUUUAAAAAGUGCACCACCUAUUACCAGCACACAGUUGACACACAAUAUGACGUUACCAUUUCAUCUCAGCGAUUAAAAUUUUAAUUCCUUACAUUACAACAACUGUGUGAGAAACUACCAGCGAACCGCGCGUAUAAUAGUGAAAGCAAACAAAGAAAAAAUCAGCUCGUACCCAAUUGUCACCAUAGUCGAAGGCAGUCCUUGCAAACCGAAACAAAAACAAACACUGAAAGUAAUUCACCCGACGAAUCUAAGCGCGCGAAUGCAUCACAAAUCAAACUUUAUCUGAACCAGAAACGGACAACAAACUGUAGCCGCAGGCCGAUCGCAACUUCCGCGUGACCCUGUCAAGGGACAUGUUUAUAACCUUCAAAUCAAAUAGAAUAUGUAUACCGAAUGGAAAUGAAAAUCCAAACCGCAAACAAAAGAGAAAAAACGUAAAACAAAGGAUCUAAAACUAAGUGUUCAAUAAAUGUUAAUUCACGCUGUUAACGAAUUCUCCUUAAACAACAAAAACCAACAAGAGCGAAACAAAUAACUCUUUUUUCUCGUGUAAGAAUCAUCUAAUUUAAUUUAAUCUUUCUGUUUUCGGAACGUUAGUGCAAUAUUUAAGGCCACCAAUUCAGCAAAACAACCAACCCGCAGCAAUCCAUGUCAUCUCAUGUCAGAGUCAUCUCACUACACCAUCACCACCCAAAGAACAAAAUCCGAAUCAAAGGUAUCCUCGGAAUCCAAUCCAAGCGCGAGUUUUGCACCUCCUUUUUGCUCGAUUAUCGUUCCUCUUUGUCCUUACACACUGUAACUUAAUAAAAAUAGAGAUCACCUCCACCGGCAGCGCGAGACAGCACCACCACCUGUGCGCUUCACGCAUUAAGUAAGUAACAAACAGAAAAA